AUGCCCUCGGCUUCGGCAUCUGGCUCUGACGCCAAGCGCGGAGGUGCGACGUCGCGCGAUCAUAAGCAAGGCAACCAGGAUCGCAAGUACACGGAUGAACAGAAAGCCGCUGUGCUUCGGAUUCGAAAAUGCCAACCUACAGCGUUUUACGAAAUUUUGCUAGUUGAGCGUUCAUCAACGGAUAAUGAGAUUAAGAAGGCGUACCGGAAACAGAGUUUGUUGACGCACCCUGAUAAGAACGGAUACGAAGGCGCAGACGAGGCAUUCAAGAUGGUAUCGCGUGCUUUCCAGAUCCUUUCCGAUGAGGACAAGAAGUCCAAAUACGACAAAUUUGGCGGUGAUCCUGAUAGCAGGUUCCAGCCCCCACCGAGCACGGCGAGCGGCGGUGCAUCUCCCUUCGGUGGGUUCGGCGGUGGUGGAUUCCCCCGCGGAGGUCAAAGAUUCGACGAGGAGGUCUCAGCGGAGGAGAUGUUCAACCGGUUCUUCAACGGCGGAUUUGGCGGAAUGGGCGGCGGUGGAUUCGGCGGUCCGCAAUUCGUCUUCAACAUGGGAGGUGGCCCCGGAUUCCGAGUGCAUCAAUUUGGAGGCCAGGCUCCCCGCCGCCGGCCUCGUGCGGCAGCUACUGAGGAGGAAGCUCAGGCUGAUAGCCGCAGUUUCCUUCGCCAACUAUUGCCGCUUAUCAUUCUAUUUAUUCUGCCGCUCCUCUCAUCUCUCUUCUCUGGUUCCUCAACCCCAGCCGGACCUUCCUAUCGAUUUGAUACCCCCGUCUCCCCGCAUACGCUCGGCCGCUCAACCCCGAAACUCAAUCUCAAUUACUUUGUGAACCCCUUGGAAGUGGAUAACUUUAGUGCCCGAAAUUUCCGGGAGCUAGACUCCCGGGUAGAGGUGGAAUACGUCAGGAAACUGCGCAAUGAAUGUGAAGCUGAAGCCCAUGAGCGGGAAAGGAGGUUGCAAGACGCGCAGGGAUGGCUUUUCCCUGAUGUUGAGAAGAUGAAGAAGGCUCGCGCGAUGGAGAUGCCGAGUUGCCGGCGUCUGGACCAACUGAAGACGAAGAGAUUUUAA